AAAUAACAGAACUUUCUCUCUCUAUCUCUUCUCCUAUCUUCUUCUUAUUCUCCUUCCCUCUAAACUCCAAUUGUAUUUCUUUUGAGCUCAUUCAUGUCAGUUGAAAUACAUUGUAAUCGUUGAAUUGUUGAUCAAUAAAGCUCAGUUCCUUUUCGAAUUUCAUUUCUCAAUUAAGUACAUUACACUUACUUCAUUACCUGAGAUUGAAUCACUGAGUUGAGCUGAAUUUCGAAGUUUGGGUUGAGAUUUGAACCCUAAACCGACGAGCAGUGCUACCAGAUUUGGGGGUUUUGCUCUUAAUAAAACAAAAUUCGAGUUCGAAUUCGAUUGGGGUGUGUUCAAAUCCUGUUGGUACAGCUUGAUUGAGGUGAAAAUCUGAAGAUUGAGAUUGUUUGAAGCUGAAUCGCUGGGGUUUUUGGUUCGAAAUUUUGAACCGAUUGUGCGAAGAAGAAGACGACCUAGGGUUCGUUGAUUUCGUGAAUGUUUGUUCAAAUUAGUCACUGGGGUUUACUCGGAUUGUUUAGUGGAAGUUGAAUCCAAAGGUUGGGUUCGUUUGGUGAAGAUUUGGACAAGAUUGGAUUGAAAAUUUCUUGAAUCAGCCGAAGAACUUACUGCUGUGUUCUUCAAAUUCUGGGAUUGAGUUCUAGCCUACGCGACGUCCCUACACAUCGAUGCAUAGCUGAUUUCUCUUCAUUGAGAUUGCACAGUUUUGAUUUCUGAGUAUUAAAACUUAGCUCGACUUCUGAAUUCAAAGCUGAAACUUCAUCGCUAUUCUUUGGAAUUGAUUAAGUUGAGUUCAUAAGUCAACUCGAGCUUCUUGUUGAUUAUUGCUUGAGUUUGAAAUCUUAGCCGAGCUCGAAGAACUUCGCGGACUGAUUCGACUGGAUUCGAGCAGCUGAGAUACCGUCGCAAUGAAUCAGGUUCGAUUCCUUGAGUUCAAACUGAAAUUUGUCUCUAAAUUUGUAGUGAAAUAUGAGUUCGAUCAUGGACUGCUUUUUGAGGAUAUGUUGAAGAACUUGUGACUGCAGUUUAGGAAUGUUGUCGAAUUAUUUUUUGUUAGUCGAUAGUAGCUGUUGGCGACAUGAAAUUGGGAUGCUCUUCUGAAUUUGUAUGAACUGAGUUUUAUCAUUGUUCCCCCUGUUUAGAACUGAAAUGCGAGUUGCAUUUUGAUGGUUCUCUACUGCUGACGAAGUCCUAAUUCAUUGUUGCUGCAUUAGAGUCGAUUGGCAUUUGACUUCUGAGUAUUGAGCUGAAGUUUGUUAUUGUGAUUGAACUGCAAACUAUCAUAGCUGCCUGCUAUCAAGUUCUUGUUUGGCUGCAAGUUUGAAAAUUAGUUUCUGCAAUUUUUAAACCCCUUGGUACACAGUAGAACCAGCCUAGAAAUAACUUCAGGACCUACAGAAAUUGAGCAUGGUAUUUGCAGCUGUUGAAUACAAUGUUUGCACCAGUCAUUUGCUCGAAAAUUGUGUUGAACUUGCCAACUGUUUUUUCACUGGUUGAGACUCAUUCUUGAGCUUGAAGAAUCAGUAUUGCAGCUGAAGUUUGGUGUGGCUGUGAAAGGUUGUUUUACUGCAGUUUCUGUACAGUUUAUGCACAGUUUUAGCUUGGAAUCUGCGCUCUUUCUGCACUAUUGAGCUGAUGUUUCUGCACAAGUUUUAGCUCCAGUUUUUCUACAGAUUGAUACAAGCGCACCUGCAAUUUUAGAUGGAUUUCUGCACUGCCAAAACUGCACUACUCAAGCUGCAAUUUCUGCACUUUACAGUUAGUUCUGCACCAGUUAAAAAGCUCAGGUGCUAUAGUGUUGUUGCACCAGGAGAUACUAUUCAUGUCAUUGGUGAGUUUGACAGCGAAGGAAAAUGUGAAAUAAACCGCGAGAAGAAUUUUCUCAUUGUUCAUCCAGAUAUUUUAGUCUCUGGAACAAGGGUUGCUUCCAGUUUCAGUUGCUCAAGGCGAGCUGUGCUGGAUGAGAGGUUAAAAUCUGGCGAGUAUUCAGCUGCAGCAUUGAUUGGCACAUUAUUGCAUCAGAUGUUUCAGGCUGGACUGAUCAGAGAGUCCCCUACACAAGAAUUCUUGGAGGAUUAUGCAAGGAUAGUGCUCCAGAAAAGUCUUGAGAGCCUAUAUGCAUGUGGAGUUGAUGAAAAUGAUACUCACAAGACAUUGAUUGAGGCAAUUCCAAAA